AAGACACAUUUUUAACACAAUGGACCAGGAAGAAGAGGAAACCAUUGAAGCAUUUCAAAUGAGGCUUCGAAUGCAGGCUAAGAAAUGCAACUACACGAUCCCGCCAAGAGAAAUAGAAAUCGAUCUAGAAGGUGGAGAGAAGAAAAAGAUCAAACUUGAAGCAGAGGACAUAUCAGAGAGCCUCAUCAGAGACAGGAUCGUAGUAGGAGUGUCUAACCGAGCCACGAAAACAAGGCUUCUUAGAGAACACAACCUCACACUGGAAACUGCAGUCAAAAUUGUUAAAACCCAGGAGAUGGCAGACAAGAGGAUUCAAACACUGCUAGCUACAACUAACGCCAGCAUAAAUGCCAUCGGGAGGAAAAGACCCAGACCUCAAAACGAACCAUCAAAACCUCAAGUUAACAAGAGAUACAAACCGCAAAACUCACAAGGAAAAUGUGGUUAUUGUGGGAACCAACACCAGUUUGGAAACCCUGAGCACUGCCCAGCGUAUCGACGGACAUGUUCAAAAUGUGGAAUGAAGAACCAUUUCGCCAAGGUUUGCAGAUCUAAAAGAAAGAUCGACAUGAUCCACCAAGAUUUUUGCGACCCUUCCGAAGAAGAUCUAGAUGCAGUGAUGAACGAAGACGACAAAGAUGACAGCAUCUACACCUCGGAACUCAACAUUGGUGCUAUCUCGACAGAGAACCAAUAUACGCGUCGGUGGUAAUGAGGAAGUUUUGUGAGAAAUAUGAUAUCGAUAAGUGUUUUAGUUCCGCACGAUACAGUCAAUCUAAUGGGCAGAUUGAACGAGCUAUUGGGCACGUUAAGAACAUUAUUACACGAUGUAAAGGUAAUUUAGAUAAUGUUAAUAUGUGUUUACUAGACUAUAGAGCGACUCCAUUGAGCCCUCAAUUGGGAAGCCCCCAUAAUCUAUUAAUGGGAAGAGAUGUUAAGACAAAUUUGCCAUAUUUACAAAGCUCAUUGGUAACUGAGAGAGACUGCAAAAACCGUAAAUUAUUACUCGAUAGACAAGCAGCAAGUGCUCAAUAUUAUAAUAGAAAUGCUACUAAAUCUUUUGAUAUGUGUAACCCGGGUGAUAUAGUGAUUUACAAAGACGGGAAAUCUGACAAGACUUGGCGCCAAGCCAAAGUUGUGUCUGUUGACCGCAAAUUUCGCUCAUACACCCUUCUGAACAGUGUUGGAAAUGUUAUCACGAGAAACAGAUCCAUGGUAAUCCAGGAUAAAACUGGUAGAGGAUUCUCGGCUUCUCAUGAUAAGUUCUUCGAUACUCUUCAGACCCCCAGCCCACUGGAAGUACCAAAAAGUUGUGACCCCCGACUGAUUCCAAAACCCAUACUAGCGCCAAAGGCACAAACAGAAACUCCCAAACCAAACCCCUGCAGCACCCCAGCCAAAUUAAAGAAGACCAUUACUGUCCCUGUUACAAAAUCUAAUAUGCCACCCGCGAUAGCUAAGGAGUACAAACUUAG